CUGAUGAGGUGGAGACAAAGGGCAGUCCUUAGCUUCCACCCGCACCCCGCCCCCGCACCCAAAGACAGGAAUGGCGUGGGGAGCGGGAGGCCUCAGGUCCAGUGGUCCUGCCUCGUGGCCUUCAAUGACCUCCUGCAGCCGUUGGGGGGCAUCGGCCGCUUCCAGCAGAUCCAGGUGACUUUGCUCUUCCUCCCCCUGCUCCUGCUGACCUCCCACAUCACCCUAUAGAACUUCGCCAUCACCAUCCUCACCCACCACUGCCAUCUGCCUGCCAAUGCCAACCUCAGUAUGAAUGGGGAGCUGGAGGCCUGGCUGCCCCUGGAUGGGCGGGGAUGGCCCAAGUCCUGCCUCCACUUCACCUCCCCACAACGGGGACCGCCCUUUCCCAAUGGCACAGAGGCCAAGGGUGCAGUGACCACAGAGCCCUGCACCAGUGGCUGGAUCUACAGCAACAGCACCUUCCCUUCCACCACCGUGACCGAGUGGGACCUCGUGUGCACACACCGGAACUUGCCCCAGCUGAGCCCACUCAUUUUCAUGGCAGGGAUGCUGUUUGGACGCUUGAUGUUUGGGAACUUGGUAGACAGGAUGGGCCGCCGGGAGGUGCUGACCUGCAGCUACCUGCAGUUCGAGAGGUCAGGGGCCUGCACUGCCUUCACACCCAAUGUCACAGCCUACCACGCUCGCCACUUCCCUUCAAGCGUGGCUAUGAGUGGCCUCACCACCAACUCCCUGACACCUAGCUUGGAGUGGCUGCACAUCCACACCUGCCCAGUUCUGGGCUUCUCAUUCGGGUUAUUUGCAGCUGGCAUGGCUUAUGCCAUGCUCUACGGGAGCCACCUGCAGCUGUUGGUCUCGCCCUUCUUUGUCACCUUCAUCUAUUCCAGGUCCUUCUUCGAGUCAGCCCUCUGGCGCUCCUCCUCGGGGAGGCUGGACCUCUCCCUGAGGGCCCUACGGAGAGUGGCCCAGAUCAACGGGAAACAGGAAGAGGGAGCCAAGCUGAGUAUGGAGCUGCUUCAGAUGCAUCUGAGGAAGAGCCUGACCAUGAGCGUGGCCCAGCCUUCAAUGUUGCAGCUGCUACAUCGCCACCCUGCUGCUCGCCACCUGCUCCUCUGCCUCGUGCCGCUGCGGUGGGUCCAUCCUCAGUCAGGUUCUAGACUGGGCCUCCCGGUCGACUCAGACAGCCAGGUCGCCUGGCGUGCUCGCCGCCUCUGGAACCAGGCCAUCAUCCUCUCCAGCCAGGCCAACACCCUUCCGCAGGGCCUCAUUCUCACUGACUAUCCCUGCAUCUCUCUUCACUGCUUUUUCCUGUUUCAGAAGUUCAUGGGCUCUCAUCUGCCCUGGUGGUCUGCAGAGUCACCUCACCAGCUGUUGGUGGCAGGACCACUAGAGAAGGCCGAGCAUGUGCUGGCGGGAGAGGUCCAUGAGCUGGAAGACACAGAGGCGCAGACUCGCCCCGAGACCACGCUCCCCGGGGGCGCGGAGCUGGGCGGCCGCCAGGGGGCAGCACGGCGGCAGGAGCCGGGCGCCGGAGGUGCGGCGGGGACCACCGCGAACUGCGCGGCGGACGCCCGCGAGCAGAGGCUCCGGUGUUCCCGACGUGGCAAUCGGGAACGGCGAGGGCCGGCCCCCUGGCCACCCACGGGCUGGCCGCGCCUGGCCGGGGCGAGGGACCCCGGGCUUAGGCUCCACUCGCCCGGCCCACUGCUCGCCAUCGUGGGCCUGCAGCUUCUGUCUCACCUCGGUGGGGACUCGAGGACAAGGCGCACCCUCCCGCCUUGUCCGGGGAGCCGGGGCAGGAAUGUCAGCAGGAAAGGAAGCAAACUGAGCGGGUCUGGAGUCAGGGGACCCCGGAAUCGGACCUGCCUGCCCGGGGCGCUCCCUGGGCGCGCAGACUCGGGCCUGGAGAAAGAGGCCCGGGCAGCAGCCGCGGGGCCCGGCCCGGAGCUCCCUCCCGAAGCGCCCCCGCAGGCCGGCUUCCCUCCGGCAGCCUCUCGCUGGGCCGGGGCGUGUAUUCUUCCCGGCGGAAAACGUGGGGGCCCGAUGUCCAGUGACCAAGCAAAGCAGAGUCGACGCCGCCAGGCACACUCGGCGGGCCGUUCUCCGCAGCAGCGAUGCGAGCGGGACGCACCUGCCGCCGGAGCACAGAAGAAAGCGACCCUUCCCCGCCGCCGGGCGCCGGUCACCGGGGCGCGCAGCUCCUGGGCCGCAGGCGACCUGGACUCCGAGAUCCCGCCCUCUUAG